AUGGCACCCAAAAAGCAAACUAAGCGCACUGCAGCACAGGCUCGCAAGAAGGCCAUUCGCCAGCUUAACCGCGCCAUCGAAGGACUCACUAUAAACCAAGACACUAGCGAGACUGCGUGUCCACUACCUCCAUCCCUUAAACGCAGAAAAGCGCAGAAAACCUCGAAUCUCCCCAAACGCAUCAAAGGCAGACACAUUGGCCAGGAGUUACCGAUUUGGCUCCACGUGGUCGAUCCACAGAAUCGCCAUGUUACCCGCGAAGUCCAGGUCACUUUGAAACAUGUUCAGAGUCUCAAGACCGUCAACGCCUUUGUUCAGAGCUCUUUCGGAUUCGAGAUGAAGCGCGCAGGCAUCGAUGCAGAUCUUAAAGUCCGAGUGGGUCUCGCGACUUAUGGUCCGUCGACUGACUUUUCGAAUAACUCGAUCGUCCGCCACACGCAAGGGUCCUUUACCUCUAACGAUGAUUUCAAGAGCUGGUGGUUAGGACUCAGUAAUCUGUUGAAGAACGAGGGAGAGACAGUCAAAAUUGCAGCCACUUUUUGGGACAAGAUGGAAGCCGGAGAGAAAGGAUUUGAGGUUCCAGCAUUCUGGAAUCACACAGGAGAUAAGAGCACGGAGGCUUUGGGAAGUGAGAUGGAGGAGCCAGAAUGGAAUAUCGACCUCAACAAUUUGGGACAUGGACAUCGAGGCGAUGCAGCGAUGCAAGAGCCAGAGAGAAAUGGUCCACAAAAGCGCAGAGGCGGAUCCAGACGCGACGCGAAAGGCAGAACAAAGGGCAACGAAAGAGAGCUUGCCAUUUCUGUGAUUGAGCAGGAUGGAGAUGUAUUUAUGGAGGAUGCUCUAGUGAGUGGUUGA